AUGCUCAUAAUCCGCCCCGUGCCGCUCUUUCCUCCUGGCUGGGGCUUCAUCCUGCUCGGCGCGCUUACAGUCGCAUCCGGUCUGCUAGGAGUUGUUUCAGCUGCGCGGCCAGGAUUCUUCUUCGACUGCCACGUGUUCUGCCUUUUGGUCUCCCUCGCGGGCUUCCUCGCGUCGUUCCUGGUCAUCUUCCUGCGCCUCGACGUAAUCGUGGGGAACCUGAGCCCGGCGGUAGAGAGCGGCAAGGCGCGGCAGCUGGUGAGCACGGAGGGCGCCAUCUACCUCGUGCUCUUCGUCACGCAGCUCGUCGUGCUGCUGCUCGCCGCCAUCGUGCAGUGCUGUGGCGCAGCUGACUAUAGCGAUGCCUACGAAUCGAUUUCCCCCGUUAGAGCCUCAACCCGCAGAUAUGAAGAGCCUCGGCGGCCGAGAAUGGAGGCUCGUGCUGCUCCUCGAAUGCCGGAAAGACCUAGUGAAGCCCCCCGGCGGUGGAUUCCGGCGAAGCCGGCGGAGCCGACGCCGCCAGCCAUGGCAGGUGGUGUGGAGUAUUCGGGCAGAGUGGUGGGAGAUAAGACGCAGAGAAUGGCAGAGCAGCUUCAGCAGAAGUACGCGCACUGGGUCAAGCGCGACACGCACUUCGUCGAGAGCCUCUCGAGCAAGUCCUCUGUUAGCCAGCAGACUGCUCGCGUUACUUCGCUCCAGAAGCAUUCGCUGGCGUCUGCCGUCUCCGCUCCGCGCGCGUCCAUUUCGAAUAAUGCGGACUUCGGCAAGCCCGAGAACCCGAGGGCGAGCCGGAUCGUGCCGUCCGCCGUGGCGAGCGAGCCCGCGGCAGUGAGCAACUCGCCAAAUGCAUUCCACACGGAAAACGGCUACCUUUACGUCGAAGAUAUGCGUGUCGCUGACGUGGCAGAGCAGAUCUGGCAGCAAGAGGACAACUUCCGUCCCUUCUACCUCUACAGCCGUCCGCAGAUCCUCCGCAACUAUAACGCGUAUGUGGACGCGCUUAAGGGCCUGCCGGGGUCUAUUAUCGGGUACGCGGUGAAGUCGAACAACAACCUCAAGGUGCUGCAGACGCUGUGCGGCGCGGGCAGCGGCGCCGUGCUCGUCAGCGGCAACGAGCUCCGCCUCGCGCUCCUCGCCGGCUUCGACCCUUCCCGGUGCGUGCUGAACGGCAACGGCAAGCAGCAGCACGAGCUGGAGCUGGCCGCGGAGCACGGGUGCCUGAUCAACAUCGACAGCGAGUUCGACCUCGAACAUGUCACCGCCGCCGCCGAGGCCACCGGCAAGGUCGUCAACGUGCUGCUCCGCAUCAACCCCGACGUCGACCCGCAGGUGCACGCGUACGUGGCGACGGGCAACAAGAGCAGCAAGUUCGGCAUCCGCAACGAGCGCCUGCGGUGGUUCCUCGACCAGAUCCGCGCGCGCGAGGGCAAGCUGCGCCUCGUCGGCGCGCACUGCCACCUGGGGUCCACCAUCACCAAGGUGAACGUGUUCCGCGAUGCGGCGCGCAUCAUGGUGGGGUAUCUGGACGAGAUCCGCGCGCAGGGCUUCCCCGUGCAGUACCUCAACAUCGGGGGUGGACUCGGCAUCGACUACUCGCGCUCCAAUGCCGUGCUGCCCUCGCCCACCGACCUCAUUGACACUGUGAGGGAGAUAGUGACGGACCGCGGGCUGACGCUAAUCAUUGAGCCGGGGCGGUCGCUGAUCGGCAACACGGCGGCGUUUGUGUGUCGGGUGAUCGGGGUGAAGAGCAACGGCAGCAAGGACUUCAUCGUCGUCAACGGCUCCAUGUCUGAGCUCAUCCGCCCCGCCCUCUACGACGCCUACCAACACAUAGAGCUGGUGGCGCCGACGCCGGAGGGGGCGGAGGAGCGAAGCUUUGACGUGGUGGGGCCCGUGUGCGAGUCCGCUGACUUCCUCGGCAAGGCCCGCUCUCUGCCCACACCUGCUGAGGGGGAUGCUCUUGUGGUGCACGAUGCUGGAGCGUACUGCAUGGCCAUGGCUUCCACAUACAAUCUCAAGAUGCGCCCUCCUGAAUACUGGUCAGUCCACGAGCCGAUCCCCUCGCUGCAUUACGGAUUAAUCAUGGCCAGCGCAUCGUGCCUCGCAAAGGUGAACCUGCAGCCGUCGCCGUGCGCUGCCGGUCUUAGAAGCCAGUCCGCGGAUUGCGCGUCGUUGCGCAAGAGCGUCGCGGUGCAGCCAUGUGGCGUGCGGAGGGGAGUGAGCGUGCGCGCGUACAAGGACGCGGAGAGGGUUGGCGUGGCGGCGGCGGCCGUGGCUCUGACGGCGCAACUGACGGCCGCAAAUGCCGCGUUGGCCGUGGACGCGGACCAAGUCCGAGAAACACUCGCCCAGGUGGAAGAACUGGCUAAGCAGACUGCUGACCUGGCAACCAAGGUGUACAGCACGAGCAUCGACGUGGCAGAGCAGGUGGUCCGCGUCACCAAGCCGCUGGUGGAGGCGGCAGCGCCGGUGGUGAUCGAGGGAGCGCAGGAGGCGUUAAAGGCGGCGGCACCGGUGGCGUCGGACCUGGCGGAGAAGGCGUCCAAGGCGCUGCAGGACUCGGGCGUCGACGUCGCGCCCGUCGUCGAGGCCGCCAGGACGGCGGCGAGCGUGGCGGACGGCGUGACCGACAGCACGGGGCGCGCGAUUACGGCGGUGACGCCGUACGCGACGAGCACGGUGGACCUCAUCAGCUCCGCCGACCCCACCGCGCUCUCCAUCGCCGCGGGCGGGCUCUUCGGGCUGUACCUCCUGCUGCCCUCCAUCGGCCGCGGCAUCGCCUACUCUUUCCGCGGCUACGCAGGCGAGCUGACGGCAGCGCAGGCGUUGGACGUGUUGGAGAGGGAGGAGAGCGUGCUCGUGGACGUGCGCUCAGAGGACCAGAAGCUCUCCUCCGGCGUGCCCUCUCUGCCCCGUGGGCUCUCCCGCAAAAUCAUCUACGUCCCAGUGGAGGAGGUGCCAGUGGAGCUGCGCGACCAGCUGAAGAACCCCUUGGACACGGAGGCGGAGCUCACAGCCAUCAAGGUGGCGUCGCUCAAGAGAAUUGGCCGCCGCGCUAAACUCAUCGUCAUCGACAACGACAAUGAGAUCUCAAAGCAGGUGGCGCGGUCGCUGGCCUCUCUAGGCUACCGCAACGUGUGGGUCGUGCGGGACGGCGUGGAGGGGCGGGCUGGAUGGGCGGCGAGCCAGCUGGCGAUCGACUCGUACGACGGGCCACCCACAAGCUGGUUCUCGGUGCCGUCUUACUCGUCGGGCGGCACCAGCAAGGAGCGCACCGGCACCCAGAAGCUCGGCACUCAGUCUAGGCUCGGCACUCAAUCGGUGUCUGCAGCUGCCUCCACUGCCGCUGCGGAGGAGUAA